AUGGACGGGAUCAAGGGCGGGUUGGAUGCCGGCCUUGGCCUGCUGGUGAGCUGCGGCACGGGCCGCGCCGUCCAGCUGCUGGCCCACAUCCUGUCCUCGGCGUUCCGCAACAUGGUGCUCAACGUGCGGGCGCACGAGAUCGAGCACCUCACCCAGCAGCUGCGGUCCCAGAACUCCGGCCGGAGGGAGGAGGCGGCGCGCCUGCUGGGCCUAUACGCCGCUGUGCGGCCACUCUACCGGACGUGGAUUUUCCGCGAGGGCGCCGUGCCCCGCCUGGUGCCCCUGCUCAAGUCGAGGAACAUGCGCGCCAGGCUGGCCGCCGCGGAUGCCGUUCGUUACCUGGCGCUGGACAAGGACGUGCGCGAUGAAGCCGUGAGGGUGGGGGCUGUGCCCAGGCUCACCAGAUUGCUGCGAAGGCGGUAUGUUUACCGGUUGAGGAUAUCCGCCGCCCGCGCUUUGGGGACCCUUGCUGUGGGCAAGGAGAAUGUGGCGGUCAUUGUGGCCGGUACUUUCGUGUCCGAGGCCACGCGGACGGCCAAGAGGCUGGGGGGCGAGGUGGGGGGCCCGCCGGCGGGGAGGUACCGCAAUAAGGCCGCCCUGCUGGCGGCGGUGCUCGAUCUCUUGGCCAGGCUGUGCGAGGACGGGGGCGCGGCGGAGGAGUGCAGGGGGGACGGCGAGCUCUUCGCUGUGCUGGCAAAGCUGAUGGGCGCCAGCGAGUCCGACGUGGUGCACUCCGCCCUGGCGCUGAUUCUCAAGCUGCUGGUUGGCGGGCCGCCUGGGUUGAAGACCGAGGUGACAGAAGCGGGCCUGGUGCCAAAAUUGUUGAAGAUGUGGCAGAGCUCCUCGGGGCCGUCCCAGACGGCUCUGGACGUGCUGGCGGUGGUUGCGGAGGUACCGGCGUGCCACGGGGCGCUGCGGGAGGGCGCGGAGAAGAUGCGGUGGGUGUCCAAGCCAUCGCUGCUGCAGCUGGAGCAGUGCAUGGAUGUGGAGGGGGCGGGGGGGAGCAGGAACCAGGCGGGGGUGGUGAGCUUCCUGGCGUGCCUGUGUGCUAAUUCCUCAGUCCUGGGCAUGCUCCGCAAGACCGGGAUCAUCGCCACGCUCAGGGACAGGCUGAGUGACCAGGCCAGUCCCGACCAGCACAAGGCGUCCCUGUGCCAGGCGCUCGCAGCGCUGUGUGUGAAAUCGGAUUUCAGGAAGCAGUUCGAGGAGGACGGCGCGGUGCCCUUGCUUGUGGAGAUGCUGUUCGCAGAGGGGUUGGAGCUGGUGGACGCCGCGGUGCAGGCGCUGUGCAGGUUUGCCAGUUCGGAGCCAUCGCAGAUGGUCAUCGCAACGCCAAAGAGCUUGGAGAGGCUGCUGGAGCUGCAAACUUCAGACAAUAACAGCUUGGUGUGCGGCACGCUGGAGCUGCUGCGCCAGUUGUCCCAGAGGCUUGCUGUGCAGGAGCUCCUGCGGGAGGUUGAGAUCCCUGUGCGAUAG